AUGUCUUUCUUCCCACGAGGUUUCUACGAAGCCGACGCUUCGUCCUUCACCCCGCUCUUCCGCCUCCUCGAUGACUUUGACACCUACACCCGUCAGGCAGGCGGCCAACAAAUUGGCCGACGCGCAGGCGCCCCCAUUUGGCAGCCCAAGUUUGACGUCCGCGAGACGGACGAUGCAUACGAGCUGCACGGCGAGCUGCCCGGCAUGAACAAGGACACGGUCCAAAUUGAAUUCACGGAGCCGCAGACAAUGUCCAUUCGCGGCAGGGCCGAGCGCUCCCACACCGAGGGCACGCCGUCGGCCGGUCAGAUUGAAGAUGUGACCGAGAAGCCCGCCAUCACCGAAGGCGAGGGCUCGCACAAGGCAAGGGUCGAGGACGAGGGCGCCGGCGGCGGCGAACACGCCGUCGAGCAGGCGCAGGCCAAGCCCCAGCCCAAGUACAAGUACUGGCUUACCGAGCGCAGCGUGGGCGAGUUCUCUCGCACCUUCAACUUCCCGACGCCGGUGCAGCAUGACGCCGUCUCGGCCAGUUUCAAGGACGGCAUCCUGAGCGUCUCCGUGCCCAAGGCUAAGAAGCCGGAGACGCGCCGCAUCACCAUCACCUAA